UACCUCCAGUUCUGCACACAACACACACGCGCGCACACACACAAAGCACAGCAGCUAGCUGCAAGCACAAGAAGGAGGCAGCAAUGGCGAGGCAUCGCCUCCUUGCCGUGCUCCUCAUCGGGAUAGUUGCAGCCUCCGCCUUCAACCAAGCAGCUGCGGCUGGCCGAGGCCUUGCUGUCGUCGAGAAAUUUGCAGAGCUAGAGCCAAAGCCAGAACCCAAACCAGAGCCAAUGCCCAAACCUAUGCCACACACAGAGCCAGAGCCAUGCAAACCUGAACCGACGCCCAAACCCAAACAAAAGCCCGGACAGAAGCCUGAACCAAAACCCAAGCCCAAACCGAUGCCAAAACCGAAGCCCGAGCCGUGCUCCAAACCAAAGCCGGGGCCUAAGCCUGAGCCGAUGCCAAAACCCGAACCAAAGCCAGAGCCCAAGCCUGAACCUGAACCGAAACCGAAGCCGCCUUCAAAGUGCAAACCACCGACAACUCACAAUUGAUGGGAUACUUAUAUAUGAGAGUAGUUGGAGGAGACCCCGCACGGAGCCACAAUGUGCUAUUUCUAGAAUAAGUGGUGUAGUAUUCCCUGUAUUCCAUUUCUUUUUAUUUUUCCAUGCGCGCGUG